UGAAAUAUCACUUUUAACGCUAUCCCCUUGACAGCAAAUUGAUUUCCGACAAACAUGUCUUUAGACGUUAAUAUCAGUGAGCCCGAUGAAUUUAAUUGUAUAGAAUUGCAUUCAGUACUAAAAGAUGUUGCUAAGAUUAAAGGAAUAGAUGAUUUUAAUUAUCAUGUUGAUUCUAUUGGUGGUAAAGGUGAAAGUUAUAUUGCAAAUACGUUCAGAGUUAUUGUGAGAGAUAAUGUUGACGAAGAUAACAAAUUUACGGUUGUAGUAAAGACUUUAGUGAACACAGGGAAACGGGAGAUAUUUCAUGAACUACAUAAAAGAGAAGCUAGUGUUUAUAAAGAUAUAAUUCCAAUUUUCAAUGAAAUUCAAGCGAAGGUGUUAGAUGAUAAAGUAGUUUUGCCUGAAUGUGUAUUAUCGUGUGAUGAAAAUGGAAAAGAAGUUUUGAUACUGGAAGAUUUGCAACACGAAGGCUGGCUUUCGAACAGUACACUUAAAAACUUUGACGAAUUAAAUUAUAAGACAGUGAAGUUAGUUAUCACUGAACUUGCAAAGCUACACGCCUUGUCGUAUGUUUUUGAACAGCGUUACCCUGAAAAAUUUUGCAAGCUGAAGGAACAAUUCGAGGAUAUUAUAUUUCAAGAUAAAUUCUUGAAUAAAAGUAAAUUGAGAAGUUAUUUUCAAGAUUCCUAUGAUGCAUCUUUGAAUUUGGUGACAGAUGAUGAUGCAAGAAAAUCUCUUGGUGUGAUCGGAUCUAAGUUAUUGGAUAUAUUAAGAGGUUUUACAAAACCCCAUGAACAUAGCGUAUUUUGUCACGGUGACUGCUGGAUUAAUAACAUGCUAUUUAAAUUUGAGGAAAAUGAAGCAACUGCAGUGUGUUUUCUAGAUUUCCAAACAGUUCGGCAUUCAAGUCCAGUUACUGAUAUUAUUCACUUUUUGUAUCUAUGCACCAGCCCACAAUUUAGAUCUGAAUUCUUUGAGACAUUAAAAACUGAUUAUUAUGAAAAAUUGAAAUCAACACUAAUUGCAUUUGAAACAGAUAUCAAUACUGUUUAUCCCGCCAAGGAUUUUGAAAAUGAUUUAGAAGUGGCAAAACAGUACGGACUUUUGAUAGCUAUGAUUGAUUUGAAAAUUGUCUUUUUGACGCCGGAAGAAGAUGCAAUAUUGAAUGGAGCUAAUGUAAGUGAAGAAGUUAAUCUAACAAAAGUGCCAGGCGAAGAAGAAUUAUUGAAAAUCAAAUUGAAUGCAGUUGUUCAAGAGGCAAUUGAAAACGGGGUUAUAGAACAACUCUAUAAAAGAGUCAUAAAUUGCGAUAUAUAAAUUAUUAGUGUUUGAAGUGCCGUGUUUUUACGGAUGUCGUAAAAGGCAAAAAAGGAACUUAUAAACUUGGGAUUCUUCAUAUAGGCGAUGUGCUAGCAACCUGUCAAUAUUUGGAUCACAAUUCUAUCACUAAGCCUAACAGCUGAACGUGGCCUGUCAGUCUUUCAAGACUGCUGGUUCUGUCUACCCCGCGAGGGACAUAGAAGUGAUUAUAUGAAUGAAAAAAAUAUUUGAAUUUAACUAUUUUCACAUUAACAAAUUUUUAAUAUUAAAAUGUAGAAAUUAAGAAAUGUUAUUAUUAAGAUAUAGUAAACUGUCCACUUACCUAUCACCACCGUUAUAAGACGGGGCACUAGAGUCACCAAAGGAUGUCCCAUAGGCCAUAGAACAUGGCUCCAUCACACAUCUCUCCGUCUCCUCUGCCGGCUUGGGCCCCAUGCAUUUACUAUCAGGUAGUUUCGCUAUUGUUCUGCUAAAUUCUAGAAAGAUCUUGCAAUGGACUUCUUUUUUCCUCCAUCCUUCACCACACGUCACGCUGCACGGGCCCCACUCAUCAUCCUUGAUGUAACUAUUAGGAAAAAUUUAUCAUUUAUCACAAAUACUUCCAGUAUUGAAACAAAUUUAUCUAUACUAAGAAUACUAUCAAAAAUCCACACAUGAGCUUUAAGGUACAUGCGGGCGGGUACUAAAUAGUAUGAAUCUUAUACAGUUUUAGAAUCUGAGGCUGGUUUAUGUAGAAGUAUGUGCACCAGUGUUUCUUUGUUUAGUAUAUCACCAAUUAUGCCUUUCACCUGUGAAACUGAAGACACAGAAUCAUUAAAAUUUCGCCUAGAAUUUCUCAGAGUAAUAACGUUAGCCCGUGUAUGUGUGUCUGCCAGAAAUGUAGAUAUAUCAAAGUGUUUGAAAAGUGUGUCGAAGCGAAACGAAAUAAUGCAAGACAAUCUCUGUGUUCAAUAUGUGCAAGGAGGUUUAAACUUUAUUGUGCAGUGCAUAAAGUUGAAAAAGUAAGUGACAGAUGAGAUGUGAGCAAAUGAUUUGAAGGUUUUCAUGAUAAGGGUAUGUGCAUACAAAUUUUGGCUUUAAUCUUGGAAGGGCAUCAUCUACUCAAUCUGUCAUAGUAAGGUUAACACAUAGCUAAGCUAUUUUGAUAGGUCAAGUACAUUCAGGUUUGUGAUCUAAUGUAAAGUCACAAAAAAAUAUUUUGUACAAAAAUGCCACAAAGUUAUCACUACGAAACUGAAGGUUCACAAAAAACAGGGUGGUGACUUUUAAAGAUGAUUGUAGGUAAUUUUUUUUACAAUCUAAAACCACUUUGUAUUGAUGUAUUUCCUUAAAAUGAUUGUUAUAAUAGUUAGGUAUUUACAUUUCACAAUUACUUAUUAAGAUAUUUUGCAAAUGUAAAAGUUACAUAAUACAACUCACUUUCCACUUAGAAUAAUUUGUAUUAACAACAAAUUUAAUAUUGUAUGUUAUUCUGUGUUAUAUUUUGUUUGCUAUAUCGGUAAUAAUAGUACAUAUUUCAAUGUAAUAAUAUGCAUAUUUUAAUUCGAUUGUAAUCAUACUUACUUCAAUUUAAAUAUAUAUAUUUGUCAAUGUUAUUAUAUUCGACGUCGCUCAUAAUUAUCAUGUAAAUUGAAGAAAAAAUAUUAAAAAAAAUCAAUCACCACCCCGUAAACAGGUUCGAAUCUAAGCGAGUGUGAUGAGGGGAUGUCAUUCAUUGUAAGAAAAAUGUGUGAUGUAUCUCAAUCGAAAAUAUCUGAAUUGAAAACGUUAAUCGCAGACAGUACAAUACCUUACAUACAACCAGCCACACGCAAAGAAUAUUUUGUAAUUGCUGAAAGAAACAAGAACAAAAUACUCUGAGCUUUUGACAAAAAAAAAACAAUGACAUUUCUAUAAUAUUAGAUGUAGCUAUAUAAAAAGCCCGUUUUGAAAAUAGGACACAACGAUUCAUAAUUACAAUUAUAAGCAUAGAAUUCAUAAUGAAAUAAAACGAUAGAAGUGCCGUUAAAAUGUAUUUGUAACUUUGGAAAUGAUACGUAUUGUAACGCAAGCAUUUCUUUUUGCGCAGUUGUAAACCAACAAUGCCAAUAAAUGUUAAAUACGAUAUUUAAUAGAUAAAUUGUCACCUAAGUCAAAAUGUUAUGGGGUUUAUAGAACCAUAAAUUGAAACGACACAUUUAUAAGUCAGGUUGAUGCAAGUACUCGUUCAAACGAGAAGUAUACGCGAAUUUUGUGGAAUAGCAUUGGUGCUACUAAAUUGAAAGAGGAAAUCCAUAGUCUCUGCCUACCCCGACGGGAACCAGGCGUGAUGGUAUACAUAUAUGUAUGUAUUAGUUUCAUAGUGUUACCAUUUUGGCUCUGAUCAAACCACAUACAAAUUCGCGUUUCUAGCGCGACACGUAUGAUCGAGUAGAACUCGCAUUAAUCCCUUAGUAUAUGUUUGUCAGUUCUAUAGUCUUAUAUUAUUCUGAAUUCUAUGCACCAUAUUAAUAUAACGAACAUUUAUAAAAGCAUUAUUUGUGAUGCACCUUUAAAAAUUUUCAUACUUUCCAAUAUGGACAAAUUUAACGUAAAAUAUGACCAAAGUUAUUGUUGUGGUACAGUUCACACUUAAAAGCACGCAUUGACAGUAAACGAUUUAUUUGAAAGAAACAUUU